AAACAGGUCAUUGUGGUCUUUGGCGCGUACUUCGACUUCACGGUUGAACUUGGCCCGCUACUACAAUGAAAAUUUUCGGCAAUCAUACGCGAUCAUUUGAACGGUCACGUGUCACAAGGGUAACAGCGUCAGCCACAGCAAAGAAGAUGGCGGUAGUGAUGUCUGCUAUAAACGAUCGAUCGUCGCGGUGCUGAUAUUCCGUGGCUGGCGUGAAGGGUCUCAGUGGUGCGCUGCCCGUACGCGCAUGGUAUUUUAGUCUAAUAUAUUGUCCAAUUUCAUCUUCCAUAUGUUUUUGUGCGUUCAUAUUGGCAAUGCUUUGUGCUCAUAGUUACAGAACUUAGUGAGCUUAACUAUUGUAUAAGUACAUUUUUGUAUUGUUCUACUUGAAUGCGCCUUUCGUUUCGCUACGCCCGUACUACGCAAUACCGCAUCCCUGUUCAAAUAAGGGAAGGCUCAAAAAAUUGAAAGACGAUGUCAACACCACGGUCUGGACUUCCGAAGGCUGAUGCAAGCAACUAUCGUAUACGGACCUUGCGUGACGGUUUCGAAUGUCCAGUAUGUCGCCGCGUAAGAGCAUCCGAUUGGGAUGGACUACACUCACAUAUAGUCAACGUCCAUCAUGUAGACCUCGAUGAGCUUUUCGAUGUAAGGCAAGAGGAACGUCAACCCUGGAACAAACCACAAAUGGUAUCAGAUCGUGCCGAACUAACGCAUCACAAUCCUCAUAUCCGUCCGACGGCACACUAUAACUCAAGAUCGGAAAUGGUUGGUUUCGACCAUCAUCAUACGCCUGAAUUGUGUCGCCGCAAGAGUGUCCCACAUGUCGACGUGAGGGUACGACGCAAAGGUCGAGAAACAUCAACACCGAAAGUAAAUCAGGGUCGAAACGGAAGAGCCGUUCGUUAUAAGCGACGUCCUUUGUGCCUACGAUGCCCCGUGUGCACAUGCGUGUGGGCUGCAGACUUUGAGGGGAUUUGUUCACAUGCGUCUGUUGUACAUAGGAUCAGGCUUGACAACUAUACGAUGAUUAAAGAUUUGCUCGCACUGCGCGCUGAGAGGCUCAGCUCAAUUAAUGUCGAUACGCCAGACGACUACCUGUGUUGUGUAAAGGAUAGACAACAAGUAACCGACCCUCAGUUUGAAAUGCGACUUGAAGCUACAUCGCAUCUUCUUCAUACAUCUUCACAGGCAAACGCGCCGAGCUCAGACCAGGACACAUCUCCUGCUCAAUUAGAUGCUGAACCUGAUUUCGAGCGACAGGCGGCUGCUGCGCGUCGUGAAGUUCGAUCACUAAGCGACUUCGGUAUACAUUAUACCUUAGAAAGUUAUCCCGUUCGUAAAAGGUCGGCAUCAAUGAUCCACCUAAGUCCGCCCCAGCUUGAAAACGUUUAUCAAGCUCAUCGACAAUUGAGGGCUCGUCGCCAGCUAGAGGCGAAAUACAAGUUACAGCAAGAUGACAAGAGUCAUAUUUUUGCACUGGUACGGCCCACGGCUGAGGAUAAGAUCGCCGAAAUAGAUUUCAAGAUAGCGAAAUGCCUCAUUGGGGGCUAUGCAAUUCCGCCCAACAGUAGGCUGGAUUCUAUCCAGGAAGACGCUGACCCAAAAGUUCAGCUUUUUAAUUAGAAGGUGUCGCUCCGCCACCGACGUUGAUGAGGCGAAAAAAGUUUGCCUAUAAAUAACGUGGCCUCAUUACAUUUAUCUCAUACAUGUAUGGGUGAGGCGAACUAUACAGAAGCGAGAAACAGUUUUACGUUGGUUUAUGACUUAAUCAGUGAAAACGUUUAUUGUAAUUUAUAAAGUUAGUCUUAUUGAGACUUUUUAGGAAUUCUUAUGAGUAGGGUUUAGUGGAACACUUCCACAUGUUCCAUCGUGCCAUAUUGAGCUUCAUAUGUGCAGAUGCGCCGCCUUAUAUACGGCUACUAAUCAUGGAUAUAUAGCAACGAUCUCACAGUUAAUAACAGUGUGUUCUUAUUGAAAGCUGUCUUAAACAUUGAGAGUAAAAGGAAGGGUUUAAUUAGAAAACGUUAUCGAGAAUAAAUAAGUUCAUUGGC